AUGAAUGUGUGGUUUAUUGCCCUCUGGGUCACCUUGGUGAAGGCCUGGGUCGUCAACGAAGGUACAACAUGCACCUUGUAUCCCGAAUCGCUUUUCCAUCGCGGGCAAGCCGUUGAUGAUUCUCCUUCAAUUCAGCAAGCCUUUGAUAUGUGCGGUACCAAUGGAACGGUCAUUUUCUCUAAGAACUUAUUCCAUGUCAACACCGUCCUAAACACCACGAACCUGUUGAACUGUGAUGUUCAUCUCCGCGGAGAACUGCGCCUUUCUACCAACAUCCCAUACUGGAGAACCCACGCCAUCAGCGUUGUUCUGCAGGAUCAAGUCACUGCUUGGCUCUUUGGUGGUACAAAUGUCAACUUCUAUGGCGAGGGUGGCUUCUACAACGGCCAGGGCCAAGAAUGGUAUAACGCCAACAGAAACCAGUCGAACCAGCCAGGACGGCCAAUGAGUAUUACGUUCUACAACUCGACCAACCUUUUCGUCGAUAGUUUAAGGGUCAUUCAACCGCAGUUCUGGGCCACCUUUGUCUGGGAUAGCAAGAACGUAACCUUUACCAACUUGUUCGUCAACGCCACCAGCGACAGCAAAUGGGGUACAAUGAACACUGAUGGCUUCGAUUCCUGGAAGAGUGACUCAAUUCUCGUGGAAAACGCCACUAUUAUCAUGGGCGACGAUUGCAUCGCCGCAAAGGGUAACACAACCAAUUUCCACGUCAAGAACGUUUACUGCGAAGGAGGAACUGGAAUCACGAUUGGUUCUAUCGGUCAAUACCCCGAGACACCAGACUACAAUCUCAACACCACCUUCGAAAACGUGCAUGUCAAAAACGCAAUGGAUGGUGCUUACGUCAAGACCUGGCAAGGCACACGGAUCUACACCCCCAGCAAUGGCGACUGGGGUGGUGGUGGAACCGGACUCGUGAAGAAUGUCACUUUCCGCAACUUCACAAUGGAAAACGUUGGACUUCCGAUCCAGCUUUCGCAGUGCGUCUACUCAGCCAACUCCAACAAAGGAUGCAACACAUCGAAGUUGCAGGUCGAGGACGUUAAAUGGCAAGACAUCCGUGGCACAUCGCGCUUCAACAUUGCUGCGUCUAUGUACUGUUCGGAUGAGCGGCCUUGUCCCAAUAUUACAUUUGAAAAUGUGAACAUUACAAGCGUGAAUGCCUCGCUUGGUCUGCCUUACUACGGCACCGAUAUUCAGCACGAAAUCUUCCAGUGCACUAAUGUUCUUGGCCAGAAGAACUCCGGAAUUCCCUGCAACCAGGCCGCUCCGAGCAACUUCAGUCAGUGGAUCUUUAGUAAUGUCGACAGCAGUGGUCUGGCGAAGACUUUGACUUGA